AAACUCCAGAGGACACGAAGGAGCGUGGAAGCAACCCAUAAAUUGAUUGACAGCAAAUUUUAAUAAUUCUGUGUAUCUGUCUGACUUAAACUACCCUUUCUUUGGGUUUGGCCCUCUCCAAACGAGUAUCAAAUGGAGACCCAUGAGAGCAAGAAGAGGAAGAUGAUCAUUAGCAAUGACGUUGAUGCUGCUGAAGCUGAUGAUGAAGAAGAGAAGAUUGAGAAGUUCUUUGCUCUUAUCAACAAUAUCCGGGAAGCUCGUCACCGAUUGAUGAAUGGUUCGAAUGUAAUACUGAAAGGGGAAGAAAUUAAUGACAACAGAUCAAACAAGAAGAAGAAGAAGAAAGAAGUGGAGGAAGAGGAAGAGAAGGUCAUAGCUGACGUUUGGAAGCCAUCAUUUCAACCUGAAGAUUUAAUUGAAGAAGAGGCUCAUCAUGAGUUCAAAAUCCCACAUGUGAUAUCUGGGAUUAGUACUACUAAUAAUGCUCAAAGCAGAGGCUGCUGUAACACAGAAAUUUGUAAACAAGGUAAUAAUUUAGAUCUCAGGCUGUCUCUGUAACUGCUCAUUGGGUGUAACAUAUAUAUAUAUA